AUGCCGCCCAAGCCGUCCGCCAAGGGAGCCAAGAAGGCCGGAAAGUCGCAGAAGGUCACCCGCAACCCCGACAAGAAGAGGAGGAAGUCGCGUAAGGAGUCGUACUCCGUCUACAUCUAUCGCGUCCUCAAGCAGGUCCACCCGGACACCGGUGUCUCCUCAAAGGCGAUGUCGAUCAUGAACUCGUUCGUCAACGACGUCUUCGAGCGUAUCGCUUCGGAGGCUUCUCGCCUGGCCCACUACAACAAGCGCUCCACGAUCUCGUCCCGCGAAAUUCAGACGGCCGUCCGCUUGAUCCUUCCGGGAGAACUGGCGAAGCACGCCGUAUCCGAGGGCACCAAGGCCGUCACCAAGUACACCUCCUCCAAA